ACUCAAUCCAUCAUCUAUCCGAUGAAUUCCAACUGCAAGUAUAUUUCCAAAUACUCGUAGUUUGGCCAGGCAAUAAGUUUGUGAAAAAGCAUAUUAAUACACCGACACUAAAACCAUCACGUCUGUUCUAAGCAGACAACUUAACUUUCCCCUUUCUUGUGGCUGACUACUACCCGCAUUUCCUUCUCUUUUGCUGCACAUCUCCAAACCUUGAUCACUUCCAUGGCAACUUCUGCUCGCAACAAUCUCAACGCUAAACUCGUUUUAUUAGGCGAUAUGGGAGCCGGUAAAUCUAGUCUCGUCUUGCGCUUCGUCAAAGGUCAAUUUCUCGAUUUUCAGGAAUCCACGAUCGGAGCGGCGUUCUUUUCGCAAACCCUUGCCGUUAGUGAUGCAACCGUCAAAUUCGAGAUCUGGGACACUGCUGGACAAGAAAGAUACCACAGCUUAGCUCCUAUGUACUAUCGAGGCGCUGCUGCUGCCAUUAUCGUUUACGACAUUGCCAGCAUUGACUCAUUUGCACGAGCUAAGACUUGGGUGCAGGAACUGCAAAAGCAAGGGAAUCCUAAUUUGGUAAUGGCACUUGCUGGGAACAAAGCGGAUUUGGAAGAGAAAAGAAAAGUGACUGCAGAUGAGGCUCGACUAUAUGCUGAGGAGAAUGGUCUUUUUUUUAUGGAGACCUCGGCCAAAACUGCUGCCAAUGUCAAUGAGAUAUUCUAUGAGAUAGCUAAAAGACUGCCAAGAGCACAACCAUCCCAGAACCCAGCAGGAAUGGUACUUGUAGACAGGCCGGCUGUAGGAUCUCAAGCUUCAGCUUGCUGUUCUAGUGAUGACAUAUCGCCAGGUGUAAUAUCACCCAAUUACUGUGAGAACGAAGCUUUAAGCUGUAAAGUUGGCUUUCAUGCUGACUUCCGAUGUGUUCUCAGUCAUGAGUAAAGCAGAAUGCAUGUUGUACUAUAGAACUGUGAUAAGAUAGAGGGAUGAAGGAUUAAAUUUAGAAUCUUGAUGUAUUUUUUAUGUGAUUUAAUAUGGUGAGGAGACUUUAAUUUACAGCAAUCUUAAAAAAUAAGCAGCAAGCAACUUCCUGGUUAUACAAGCAACUAUGUCCUUGUACUAGUGUCAGUAUCUGUAUGUUCAAUACUAGCUUAAACCCAGUUUACAACCUGUGUGAUAGUGCCAAAAACGUACUUACAUAUUAUCCUUCGUUCGCCUUUUAUAUAAUAGUAUAGAUUGUGUAUCAUGUUAAAAGGGAAACAAGAAAAACUUUAUUUUAGAUUUUUAGACAGCUUUAUAAUCAUAACUGAAAAAAGGUAAUAGAUAAUAUGUCAUUCAUCCGGCAGAAAGGGAUUCAUUGCAGUUAGUUUGCCACAUGAUAGUCCAAUCAUAGAUUCAAAUUUUGAUUUUUUUUAAUUUUUUUUGGUAUAGUCCUGUUUCAGUUGGUGCUAUUUUCAUCUUAAUAGCUCUUUUAGAAAUGGUUUUUUCCUUUAAACUUUAGUAGAAAGAAUGAUGAUGUUGAUAUCUGGGUUUUGAAUUUGUAAAGUGUACUGACUGUGAGGUAGGUGCUCCCAACUUUCUAAAUGUAGGAAAGAGAAAAGAAGAGGAGAAAUUUGCAAAAAUUCUUUUGUAAUCGUGCUGGUAAGGGAAGAGAAGCAUAGAGAAAUUUUUUAAAAAUUUUCUAUCAAAAAUUCUCUCCGGUUUUGGAAAGAUUGCAAUGGAUCCUCACACAUAACAUUAUCAAUAUUUCCAUAUAUAUCAUUUUUUUCAAAAUCUUCUCUUCUUCCAAAUUAUAAACUCGGGAGCACGUGAAAGAUCUCAGUUGAACUUUUAUAUCACUUCUCUUGUUUUACCUUCUUUUCUCUUCUAUUCUCUUCUCUCGAUAAAAACUCGGGAGCACAGUUAGGGUCUAAAAGGUGAUUAAUGAGUUUUUUCAUUUCUUUUUUUGUCAAUUGCUGCAAGGAAACUUGAAUGUUCAGUCAGAUAAUGGUCCAUGAUUUUCCUCAUUUAUAUCUUAAAGUUCAGCUUGUUCAUCAAAUCCAAGCUCUCUCUUGGUCUGGAACUGUCAUCAAAAUUCCAUUGUCCUGCCUUCUCUGAUCAAAGUUGUGCUUCCAUAUGGAAGCACAAAUGACCGAAUACAAAUUUAUUAGACCACAACUUUGAUCAGAGAAGGCAGGACAAUGGAAUUUUGAUGACAGUUCCAGACCAAGAGAGAGAGCUUGAAUUUGAUGAACAAGCAUGCUUUACUUCAUUCACAUUUUCACAAAUUUCCAUUAUAUAUCUUCUAAUUAAUUCUUAGUCCACUGAAAUUAAAUGAGAAACUGUGGACCAAGGUGGGAGUAAGUACUGUAAUUGAUUGAUACCAGAAUAAUUGAGUAUUAUGUAAUUUUGCAUGCCCCCCUCCCCCCCCCCCCCCCCCUCUCUCAAACUCCUCAUACGAUUAGAUGCAAAAAUGUUAAUUGUUAGUUUAGUGCAGCAGAAACCACCAAUCAGUGGAGGAACAAAUUAGUUUUAGUUGCCAAAGUCAAUUUGAGUUGAUCUGUGAACCUCUGAUUCCUGCUUUAGGAAUUUUUAGUUAAUUAGUACGCUUUUGGGUUUGAUAAAUGAACAUCUUCUUUUGAGUUCAUCCCGGCACACCUUACAACAAAUUUCUUGCAUUAAUCAUAAAUCUUUCCAAAAUCCAUUCCAUAUGUGCCACAUAGUGUUUGCUUAGGAGACUCAUCUAUUUAUAUAUUUUGAUCUUUAGAGAACUAAAUGAGCUCCUUGAGGCAAGAAAGUCGGUUCAUGUUUUUUCUUGGUUCUACAAGCAAAGUAAGAGACUUGUAUGGAGAAGCAAUUUUUGAUAAUGGCUAAACUCUUUAAUUUCUGAUCUUCAUUCGUGCCUCUCAAAGUUUGCCUUUUUCUGUCAAGUUAUCUCCCUACAUAUUUGUUUUUCAUCUCUCCCAUACCUUACAAUUUAUUAUUGUUGGUUGUCUUAUGUGCAUUUUAGGUUGCGGGAACUGAAACACUUGCACAAUAAGUGCGCUAUAAGUUUAGCUUAUUCAACUUAUGGAACAAUAAGUGCGCUAUAAGUUUAGCUUAGUCAACUUAUGGACACUAGAUUCUAGGCAAACAAUUAUAAGUGUCAUCAACUGAAAUUUCUUUAUGGUGGCACCUGUGCUUGUAGAGAUUUUUUCCAAUAAAAUGGGCUUAUCCGUCCACGAUAGUGAUGGUGACGGUAGGUUUGCAAUUAAUACAUACAGCGGAAGUUUCGGUUAAGUCUUGUGGCGGGCAGACUUGUAGAGCUCCCUCUGUCUCAAGCAAGAAACACAUAGCAAGUUAGCAUGAUUUCAAGUCAACUGUGGAGAGUACCCCGUGUCUCAAAUUAUGAGUUCAAUAGCAUAUUGAUUUGAAUUUGAAUGUGUUCUAUCAAUUUGUUCAAUAACUUGAUGCAUCUAUUAGUAGCUUGGUCCCCUUAUAUUAAAAUAAGAUCAUAAAAUCUCAAAUGAUCGACUA